ACUUUCUUAAAUACCUGCUAAAAUGUCAAGGAGGAAGUAAUGAAGUUACGUAAUCGUGUUGCUAAAGUUUUAAUGGAAAUACGACGUUGAUAACGAUCACUUAACUAAAGGGCUUGCACAGCAAUCUAUAAAUACUUGAAACUAACAAUCGUUGAUAAACAAAGUGUAUGAUAUUGAUACACGUAUUUGUAGACCAAUCACUUUCAUGCUGAUCUAAUCCUACUGUCUGUUUCCUGCCACGUACUUGUUUAUUACGUUACCCCCUGUUUCAUAUAAAUAUACGUGUUUUUGUUUUUAAUAUUUAAACUCCAGUAAACUUUCGUUAGAUAUCUAAAAUGGAGUCAUCCGCUUUUAGUAAAGUUUCCUUUACCGAUUUCAAAUGGCUCAAUGAACCGAAAAGCUGGAAAGCUAAUAAAGAAGUGCUUGAAUUUUCUACUGGUAAUAAAACUGACUUUUGGCAGAAAACCUUUUACGGUUUCACUUUUAACACCGGACAUCUAUAUGGAGUGGAAAUAAAAGAUGACUUCACUUUGAAGGUUUGCAUCGAAGCAAACUUCACAACUCUCUACGAUCAAGCGGGUCUCAUGAUCUAUAUAGAUGAGCACCAUUGGUUGAAGACCGGGAUAGAGUAUAACGACGGGCAGCCUAUGAUCGGCAGUGUCCUUACUAAUGAAGUUUCGGACUGGGCUACGGGCAUAUUUCCUGGCAACCCCAAGAAAUUCUACCUCCGCCUAACCCGCCUCCGCGACACCGUGUGUGUCAAAUAUUCCAUAGACAACCAAACUUGGACUUUACUCAGACUUUGCCCGUUUCCUGCAGCCAGCAAGUAUUUUGUUGGCCCUAUGGCUUGCACGCCCCAAAGAGAAGGGUUGGAAGUAAAAUUUAGUAACUUAAGUAUUAGUAAACCAGCGGACGAUAUAUUGCAUUCAAAUUAAUUAAUAAAAAAAUCUUUAGGUAUAGAUAGAUUAAUAGGGUCCCGUUUUACCCUUUGGGUACGGAACCCUAAAAAAUUAUGUAAUAUAAUUUACAAAUCGUCACAAACAAGUUAAAUGACUUGAAUAAAACAAUUAUUUUGAAAAAGUAUUUAUUUCUUCUUUACUGUCCUCACGACAUUAUUGUCUUAUUUUACGUGGAAUGUUAACGACAGACAACACAGUAUCCACUAUACUUCGGAUAUAUUUAGGUUCACCCACGAACCUAUUUUCAGGAAUUCUGAACCUGAAUCUCUAUGGUCACUUUUAGAUUUUCCCAUAGCGAUUAUUCCAUACAAAAAUACAGUUGCCAAGUCUAUAAUAUGUAUAUCUCAAUCAAAAAUAAUUGAUUGUAAUAGAGAGGUAGAAAAAGACGUGCCCCUUAGUUUGACAUCUGUAACAACUGCGCUAUAUGUUUUGCGGUCACUGAAUUGUCAAACGUGAACUUUUGACAAUCAGAGUUACUGCAAAAUGUGUGGAGCUGUGCAGCGCCAUCUAGUUUACCUGUCAAGUUCGAAUCAAGAAUUUGACUUAGAUUUUACACAUCUUACUCAAUCAAUGUAUCUUUGAUCUGAAUUUAGUGACCAGAUUAGAUUCAGGCUCUAUUUCUCAA